UGUACCUGAGUUUCGGUGAGGAAAGGGGAAGGGCCGAGCCCGAGUGAACAACACCAGAGUUCCCCGGGAACAAUUUGUUGUUAUUCUCUCACACCUUCGUCCAAAUGAUUAUCUAUUAACAUUUCCUUCGGGUGAAUCUGCGACACUUCGGGUUUUUGCAGAGGAAACGCGGUUUAAUCUCCAGCUGCUGGUGAGCAGGCCAAGAACAGACCUCUCCAACUUCCUGGUUCACCACAGGAUGUCGGUCACCCCUCGACGUGUCCGCCUGAAGCCCUGGCUGGUGUCUCAGGUGUCCAGCGGGCGAUACCCGGGGCUGGUGUGGAUUGAGCGCGAGGCCAUGCGCUUCAAGAUCCCAUGGAAACACGCGACACGACAUACACCGCAGCACGAGGACGAGGACACCAUAUUUAAGGCUUGGGCUGUGGAGACGGGGAAGUUCCAAGAGGGCGUUGAUGAACCUGAUCCUGCCAAGUGGAAAGCCCAGCUUCGAUGUGCUCUGAACAAAAGCAGAGAGUUCCACCUAGUCUACGAUGGCACCAAAGAGGUCCCCAUGAAUCCUCUGAAGAUUUAUGAUGUGUGCGACAUUCCACAGCCCCUCAGUAACCAAGGUUCCUCAGAUGCUGGUUCUUGGACUCCACAUGAUGAUGAUGGUGGUGACGAAGAUAUUCCAGAUACACCAGAGUCUCUCCCUCCGUACCCAUCCAAUGGUACCAGUCCCCCUCCUCUCAUUAUGUGGUCUCCUAUGAGCUCUGGAUCCCCCAUACAACCUUCCAGUUGUCCCCCUUCAAAUGAGGUCUGGCCCAAAGAGGAGCCUGUUAAAAUCUGGCCUAAAGAGGAGCCCGUGGAUGUGGAGAUGCACCCCACACCCCUGAGUGAAAUGCCCCAUGCUCCUCUGCCUGACGUCCCAAUGCAUCCCCCUUCUCUACCUGAAGUAUUCUUCGCCUCUCCAGAGACAUGGAUCAGUUCCCUCCCGAUGACAGACCUGGAGGUGCAGUUCCUGUACAGAGGGAAGGAGAUGUGUCCCACAGGGAACAUCAGUAACCCUCAGGGCUGCAGGCUGUUCUACGGAGACCUCGGCCCCAUGGUCAACCAGGAGGAGCUGUUCGGGCCGGUGAACCUGGAACAGCUACGCUUUCCGACCACGGAGCACAUUGCCAACGAGAAGCAGAGGAUUUUCACUAACCGCCUGCUGGAUGUGAUGGACAGAGGCCUCAUCCUGGAGGUCAGCGGUCACGACAUCUAUGCAGUGCGUCUCUGCCAGUGCAAGGUGUACUGGUCCGGUCCCUGUGCUCCAAACCCUGCUGCACCAAAUCUCAUAGAGCGCCAGAGAAAGAUCAAACUCUUUUGCCUGGAGUCUUUUCUCAGUGGAGUAAUCGCCCACCAGCGUGGCCAGACACCAAUCCCUCCUCUAUUUGAAAUCAACCUAUGUUUUGGAGAGGAGUGGCCUGAUGGCAGGCCCAAAGAGAGAAAACUUAUCAUGGUUCAGGUGAGAAAUGUUGUUCAAAUAUGCUACUUCUAG